AGCCAUAUAUCUCACACCAGCAACAAGCUAAUCAUACAUACAUACAAAUCAAUUCCCUUUUUAAUUAGCAAUUAGAGAGCUUAAUUAAUUUUGCAUCGAAAAUGGCAACCUCCAGCUUGCUAGUAGCUGCAGUGCUCGCGGCGGCGGCCAUGGCGGCGACGGCGCAGAACUCGGCGCAGGACUACGUGGACGCGCACAACGCGGCGAGGUCCGACGUCGGGGUGGGGCCGGUGAGCUGGGACGACACGGUGGCGGCGUACGCGGAGAGCUACGCGGCGCAGCGGCAGGGCGACUGCGCGCUGGAGCACUCGGACUCCGGCGGGAAGUACGGCGAGAACAUCUUCUGGGGCUCCGCCGGCGGGGACUGGACGGCGGCGAGCGCGGUGUCGUCGUGGGUGGCGGAGAAGCAGUGGUACGACCACGACAGCAACAGCUGCUCGGCGCCGGCGGGGAGCUCGUGCGGGCACUACACGCAGGUGGUGUGGAGCAACUCGACGGCGAUCGGCUGCGCCCGCGUCGUCUGCGACAACAGCCUCGGCGUCUUCAUCACCUGCAACUACUCGCCGCCGGGCAACGUCGACGGCGAAUCUCCCUACUAGCUACUAGUAAGUAUACGUACGGCUACUUUAUAUACUACUAUCGUACGCUGAUCCGGCCAGCGCUGCAGGAGGACUACGUACGUACGUGUACGUAGUAAGUAGUCCUUGUUUUUACUGUAUUUUACAAUAUUUUUACACACACAGUUCGCAUGCUUAAUUAUACGUGGAUGUACGUAUAAGCAUGUGUGCGUGUAUAUAUAUAUAUAUAUAUAUAUAUGAGUGUUUGUACUUGUGCCGGUGGGAAUAAAGCCGUCAGCCGUACGUGCGUGAUAUAUAUAAACCAUGUGAGAUCGAUUAGUCCUUUUC